GGAGAGUUGUCUUUCCUGAUUGGUGUUUCAGUCAAUGGUAAACAACGUGUAACUAUUGUAAGUCUGCCUGAUAUAAGUAAAUCGGUGCAAAAGCUUGUGACAAUAAAACCGCAUCAAUCACGCCUGCACUUAAUAAAGACUACUGAGAAUGGCGUUGAAGCGAGUGCUGAUCACGGGAGCGUCAGGACUGCUGGGGAGAGCUGUGUUUCAAGAGUUUUCUGCUGCUCCGUCAUGGGAGGUUCUGGGGCUGGCGUUCUCCAGAAGUGGCGACAAACUGAAAAAGGUUGAUUUAACCAAUCCCAGUGCCAUCCAGCAAGUUAUACAAGAGUUCAAGCCAUCUUGUGUAAUCCAUGCUGCAGCGGAACGACGUCCAGACGUUGUUGAGAGUCAACCCGAGGCCACACAGAAGAUCAACAUUGAUGCUACACGGACCCUGUGCACAGAGGCAGGCAAGGUGGGGGCAUGGGUGCUGUUUGUGAGUACUGACUACGUGUUUGAUGGGUCCAAGCCUCCAUACACAGUGACGGACCAGCCAUCGCCGCUCAACAUGUACGGCCAGAGCAAAUAUGAAGGGGAGAAAGUCACUCUGGAAACUGAUAAAGGUAAUGGCGUACUACGUGUCCCCAUACUCUAUGGAGAAGUGGAGUAUCUAGGAGAGAGUGCUGUCACAGUUCUGUUUGAGAAGGUCAAGGACACAACAAAGUCAUGUGUCAUGUCUGACUAUGAACGCCGGUACCCUACAGCUUGCCGGGACGUCGCCGUCGCCAUCCGACAGUUGGCAGACAAGAAACUGCAGGAUAACUCCAUCAGCGGCACCUUCCACUGGAGCAGUGAUGAAAACAUGACCAAGUACGACAUGGCUGUGGCAAUGGCAGAGAUAUUUAGCCUCCCAGCCAGUCACAUCGAAGCCGAUAAGAAGCCCUCAAUUGGUGCCACGCGGCCCUUCAACUCCCACCUGGACUGUUCCCGGCUCGAGGCGCUGGGCUGUGGUCAGAGGACAAGGUUCAGAGAAGGCAUUGCGCACGUUCUCCAGAACUACAAACCCUAGACAAGGAAGAAGCAUGUGGAAGAUGGAAUUAAUUAUGUUUUACUUAUAGUGUUAUAUCUUUUCCUGAAGGACAUAUUAUUCCUGCUAGUUGGGGACGGUAUUACUCUUUGUAAUUUACCGGUGACCAUGGUUAUUGACCAGUAGAGGGGGUGGUGGGGUAGCCUAGUGGUUAAAGCGUUCACACGUCAUGCAGAAGGCCUGGGUUUGAUUCCCCAAAUGAGUACAAUAUGUGAAGCCCAUUUCUGGUGUCCCCCGCCGUGAUAUUGCUGGAAUAUUGCUAAAAGAGGCGUAAAACAAUACUCAAUCAUUCAGUAUUGACCAGUAGAGUGCACCUGAUGAUCAAACGUGAAACACCAACUCAUUAUGAAACCAGUUGAGCACACUACCAUGCUCUACAAAGGUGAUUUGGCCUGGUUCAGCAACAGCUCCCUUGAUUCCUGCUGUGAGGAAUGUAAAUGCUUGUAGUUAGAGGGUGGCCGCAGGAUUAGGCCAUUAAAACAGUGUCUCUCUUCAGAGCUCAUUUCAAACAAAAAUCAGCUGUUUUUGUCUAAAUGGGCACAUUUAGAUAGGGGAACAUGAAAGAUUCAAACAAAUUUGUCAGCAACCAUUAUAGACAAGGAAAGAUAACUCUCCAGAAAGUCCCGAAAUACAUGCAUGUUGCCCUGUACACAACACACUACUACAAUCUGGACAUUAACAGAACUUGGUGGAACCAGAUCGGAGUUAGAAUUGGUCUUCAGCAACCCAUGCUUGUCCUAAGAGGCGACUCAUAGGAUUGUUGGUCAGGCUUGCUGACUUGGUUGAUGCAUGUCAUCGUACCCCAAUCACAUAUAUCGAUGCUCAUGAUGUCAAUCACUGGAUUGUCUAGGCCAGACAUGAUUAUUUACAGAACGCCGUCUAAAUAUUGCUGAGUGCAAUCUCUUAGUCUUCUAGUACCAGGGUAGGUGGUGCUUUUAUUCUGCAGGGUGCUUGUUGAUGUGCUUAAGACGAGGAGCUGCAGGGGUCAGCUUCUAUUUAUUAUUUGUUAUUGGUGUGUGGAAAUGGCUAAAAGCGGUGUAAAAUCAAACUUACUCACUCACUCUCUUCUGCUUCUGCACAUGUGAGGACGGACAUGUUGGCGGCAGUCAUUAGUAUAGUUGGAGACCAUAUAAUAGAUAUUAUAUGGUCUCUGGUCUGGUAUGGUGUACUUACUUUUAACCAGAUGUGCAACUCCAAGAGUUAUUCGUUGUUUAGAAUAAUUUAACAUACGCAAUUACCUUCAUAUGUUGAUUCUUUUAGUGUUACAACAUGUAAAGUUUUACAUUUGAAACAAGAGAAUGUUUUCAAAGUGACUUUUAGUCUUGUACACACGCCUUAAUGUGAACAAUAGCCUUGAAGAAAUGCUGUCAAACAGCAGAACGAGCUGAAUGGAACAAAACUUGUGUCAGUUUAGAUGUUGUUGUGGGACUCCAAGUUUGUAGGACAUCAUCUGGCCGGAGUCAUCACUAGUUAGGGAAACUAGAGCUGAGGAAGUUUUGCUUUUAUCAAUAAAAACAUCUUCCAGGUUAAAUUCUACUGAAGUACUUGAGUCAUGACAAAGUAGACACAAGUAAUGGACAACAACUUGUGUGAUUACUGUGGUACUGUACUGUUUCAGUAUGGAUACCUAUGCAUUGGUCAUGUUCCACAUAGGGGAAGACUGGGAAUAUUGUGUUGGACGAACAAACCUGGCAACACCCUAGACUAGCAACCAGACGUGUCUGUCUUCUGAUACAGAGGGUGUUUGAGGGUGUUUGUGUUGCUACAGAGGGUGUUUGAGGGUGUUUGUGUUUUGUUAUGAUUUAGCACAGGGAUGGAGAGUGACUGUUUUGUUUAUGUGUCAAUGUACUGACUUCAGGGGCCUCGGUACUAUCAUACAAUCAUACAGCAGUACAACCAUACAGCAGUACAACCAUACAGCAGUACAACCAUACAGCAGUACAACCAAACAGCAGUACAACCAUGCAGCAGCACAACCAUACAGCAGUACAGCAGUACAACCAUACAGCAGUACAACCAUGCAGCAGUACAACCAUGCAGCAGUACAACCAUACAACAGUACAACCAUGCAGCAGUACAGCAGUACAACUAUACAACAGUACAACCCUACAGCAGUACAACCAUUAAACAGUACAGCAGUACAACCAUACAGCAGAACAACCAUACAGCAGUACAACCAUACAGCAGUACACCUAUGCAGCAGUACAACCAUACAGCAGUACAGCAGUACAACCAUACAGCAGUACAACCAUACAGCAGUACAACCAUACAGCAGUACAACCAUACAGCAGUACAGCAGUACAACCAAACAGCAGUACAACCAUACAGCAGUACAGCCAUGCAGCAGUACAACCAUACAGCAGUACAGCAGUACAACCAAACAGCAGUACAACCAUACAGCAGUACAGCCAUGCAGCAGUACAACCAUACAGCAGUACAACCAAACAGCAGUACAACCAUACAGCAGUACAACCAUACAGCAGUACAACCAUACAGCAGUACAACCAAACAGCAGUACAACCAUACAGCAGUACAACCAAACAGCAGUACAACCAUGCAGCAGUACAACCAUGCAGCAGUACAACCAUACAACAGUACAACCAUACAGCAGUACAACCAUACAGCAGUACAACCAUACAGCAGUACAACCAAACAACAGUACAACCAUACAGCAGUACAACCAUACAGCAGUACAACCAAACAGCAGUACAACCAUACAGCAGUACAACCAUACAGCAGUACAACCAUACAGCAGUACAACCAAACAGCAGUACAACCAAACAGCAGUACAACCAUACAGCAGUACAACUAUACAGCAGUACAACCAUACAGCAGUACAACCAAACAGCAGUACAGCCAUACAGCAGUACAGCAGUACAACCAUACAGCAGUACAACCAAACAGCAGUACAACCAUACAGCAGUACAACCAAACAGCAGUACAACCAUACAGCAGUACAACCAUACAACAGUACAACCAUACAGCAGUACAACCAUACAGCAGUACAACCAUACAGCAGUACAACAAAACAGCAGGACAACCAAACAGCAGUACAACCAUACAGCAGUACAACCAUACAGCAGUACAACCAAACAGCAGUACAGCAGUACAACCAUACAGCAGUACAGCCAUACAGCAGUACAACCAUACAACGGUACAACCAUACGGCAGUACAACCAUACAGCAGUACAACCAUACAUCAGUACAACCAAACAGCAGUACAACCAUACAGCAGUACAACCAUACAGCAGUACAACCAAACAGCAGUACAACCAUACAGCAGUACAACCAUGCAGCAGUACAACCAUACGGCAGUACAACCAUGCAGCAGUACAGCAGUACAACCAUACAGCAAUACAACCAUACAGCAGUACAACCAUACAGCAGUACAACCAAACAGCAGUACAACCAUACAGCAGUACAACCAAACAGCAGUACAACCAUACAGCAGUACAACCAAACAGCAGUACAACCAUACAGCAGUACAACCAUACAGCAGUACAACCAUACAGCAGUACAGCAGUACAACCAUACAGCAGUACAGCAGUACAACCAUACAGCAGUACAACCAUACAGCAGUACAACCAAACAGCAGUACAACCAUACAGCAGUACAACCAUACAGCAGACGUAUUAAAGUAGCUAUUGUUGUGUCUGAAGUGUGGGUGUCUUAUAAUUAUGCUAGUCCACUAGAUAAAUAGACUGAUCUACUAGACAAAUAGACUGGUCCACUUGACAAAUAGACUGGUCCACUAGACAAAUAGACUGGUCCACUUGACAAAUAGACUGAUCUACUAGACAAAUAGACUGGUCCACUUGACAAAUAAACUGGUCCAUUUGACAAAUAGACUGGUCUACUAGACUUAACUGGUAUAGCUGCUUGGUACACCAGACAAAUAGACUGGUCCACUAGAUAGCCAAAAUAUGACUUCAUUAUUUAUGCGAGCUUGUAUUUACCCCCGAUGUAGUACUGCUGCUUCUUACCUCAAUAACUACUUAAUAUAUACACAUGUGAGGGAUGUGGAACUGUUACAACUGGAAUAAAGUAUUUACAUAUA